UUGGGGUUUACCCUGUGUGUAUGUAUCUGGGUUUGGGUAUUCUUAAUUUCGUAACUGUACCUGGUGAUCUGCUAUCCUAUUUCGUUCCUGCCUCUCAUUGCAUUGCUGUGCUUGUGCUUCAUAGAGCGUCGCCCUUUGCUUUCGUGCCUACCGCAUCUUAGUCUUAAUUAAUAGUUCAGCCCUCCUUUGUCUGUCUGGUGUGCGUGGUAACCUCUUUCAACUUGUCCUUGUCAGAGCCGUGGACAGUGGGGCAACGGUGAAAUCUGGGGAAAUCCUCCACUAAAAUUGGAGAAAUCUUACCUGAUAUUCUCUGGCACUUGGACUCAAUUUGCUGCUACCUUUUGUUGUCAAUGAUGUUACAGCAGUGUAAAACCUCUAAGUGUGUAGGUACCACUACAAUGGAUCACAUCAGCCAAUUACCAACAGACAUUCUGUGUUAUGUAAUCUCUAAACUGUCACUAAGGGAUGCUGUCAGAACAAGAACAUUAUCACACAGAUGGAAAUGCCUCAGCUCAUCCCAGUCUGGUCUUAUUUUUGAUAAGGGUACACAAAAUAUAAUGUCCUUUAAAUUCAGUUUCUGUCUUGGCGAUAAUCAUUCUGAUGAUAUUGAUCGAUGGAUCAGUUUUGCUAUUCUGAUGGCUGUUGAGAACCUCUUUGUUGGCCUUAUUUGUCUAGGAAGACAGUGUUACAAGAAUCCCAAUGGCAUGCACAGCAUUGAAAAUGUGGGGAAGUAUGUUUUUCGUUCGGAGCUUUUUGAAAGUGUGGAAAACAAGUUGAAGCAUCGGCGAUUAGUAGGCUGUAGUUUAGGACUAAACUUUUCUACCAACCAAUUUGCCAGCUUGCAGACUCUUUGUUUGAUUUAUAUACCCAUUGUCCAAUUUACAUGGCAUGUUUUCCUGUUCGGUGAAGCUUAAAAAUUUGUGCUUUAUGAAUUGUAGGCUCCCUUCAAAAUUAUCCCUUGGCUCGUUGCUUCGUCUGAAGAUCUUCACCCUUUAUCUUGUCGUGGGAUUAAGAAUGUUCAGCUAUUUAAUGUGAAUCUCUUGAACUUUCAGCUCAAGUCUCAUCGAUCGCUUAAGCUUAAUUUAGGUGGAGCUCCUAAUUUAAAGAUUCUUGGUUAUUGUGCACAUAAAAGAGGACUGCAGUCACUGCACUAUAUAUUGACCGAUCUUCCAAGACUUCUUCUUGAUUUGAGGGUUUUGCAGAUUUACGCAGAUGAGGAUUGGGUAUGUGGAUUUGCAAAAAGAAACACACAAGCACACAUGUACUUAAAUAUGCACCUCAAUUUUAUUGAAAUGGUAUAUUGGCAGCACAAAUUUUUCUAGGAUCAA